AUGCGGAAGAGUCCAUUAAUGAAAGAAAACAUGAAAACAAUUCAGAAUUAAAAAUAUUCAUAUUUGAACAAGAGUAAACAAAAGACAUCCUCUUUAGAAAAGAAUUCUUAUUCAAACAGAUCUUUGUUAAAUGAGAUGUAACAUUAAACUCCAAAUUAACCAAAGAAAAACAUAUCAACAUAAGCAUCAGAUUAGAAACUACAUAAUUGUACAUAAGAUUAUUAUAAAAAAAGAAAGUUAAAUACUGAAAUCAUUAAUGAAAAUAUAAAAUAGAACAAAUCCAAUAUUAACAUAAUAGAAUAGCUAUACUGGAGUGAAACUAAAUUUUAAUAAUUGUAUAGGUAUUGAAGAUAAUAUAAGAUGAAGGUAAUGAAGAGAAAAGAAUGAAUACAAAUUAAUAUAAUUCAUUAAACUAGACAAUUCAUCCAUCUCCAAAAGUUAAGACUAUUUCAUUAUCAACAUACACUGUAUAAAAAUGAAUAAAUUUACGUACUAGAAUACUUAGAGUCCUGAAUUAAGAGAGAAAGAGAUUAGACAUGAAUAGAUAAUCUAAUUUAAAUAGUUAAUUUAACAUACAAAGUAAAAUUUGGAGAGUGUAAGAAUCUCUGAUAUGUAGCAUUGUAUAGAGAAUAUAUUUGAUGAAACUAUCUAAUAAUUAUUAUAAUUAAAGGUAUUAAUUACAAUAUAGUAAUUUAGAGUGAAGUUCUUAAACAAAUUGAAAAGUGUAUAAAUGCUGAACAAUGCUAAAUUCGUUCUACAAUUGAAUCUUUAAAAAAAAUGGAAGAAGAUAUUCUUUAAAAUGAGUUUAAUAUAAUAGAAUAUAUGGCUAUGGGACCAUUUAAUGAUAUUAUGUUAAUCUAUUAGAAGAGAUUUAAAGAACAUUCAAUUUUUGUUUAGUAGUUAACUUAAUAAGAUAUUGUAAUGAAUCAAUUCAAAUCAUUACAUGAUAACUUUACAUAAUAGAAUCACUUUUUAUGUAAAUAAUUACAAUAAUCUUUGUAAACAUAUUUGUCAUUAUAUAUUUCAUUCUAAAAUAAAGAGGAUUUUUAUGAAAUGAAAGAAUUCAAUAAUAUUUCAGAAAAACCUCAAUUUAUUAAUAAUUUCUAAGAAAACUUGUUCUAAACUUGUGAAACUAAUAAUUCAAUUGAUGAAGAUUAAGUGAUUAUGAAAGAUUAACAAGUUGUAAGAAUUCCAGACAAGACUUCAUAAUUUACUUAAUUGUUGAUGAAAGGUUUAAAAUGUUAAAAGAGUUUGUUUCCAUCGGAAUCACCACAAUUCAAGAAUUGA